GUGUGUGGUCCCCCCGCAUCAACAACCGCACCCCACGCUCCAUUUCAUUUCAUUUCAUUCAUUCACACACACUCUUUCCAUUUUUAAUUUUCAAAGUUCCAAACCCAACCCCAAAUUCAGGCUCACCCUCGCGGGAAAAUUUCGAAGAAUUGGGAGGGAAAGGGAAAAACCUUAUCAUCAUCACACACUACUCAUUUCAUUUCAUUUCAAACCCUACUGUCUAUAUAUACACUCACAUCUUGCACCCAAACUGUUCGAAGAAAUUCUCCACUCAAAACCACUGCCGCCAUAACCAACAAGAUGUAUGUGGUGAAGAGAGAUGGGCGCCAAGAGGCGGUGCAUUUCGAUAAGAUCACCGCGCGCCUUAAGAAGCUCAGUUAUGGUCUCAGUACUGACCACUGCGAUCCCGUUCUCGUUGCUCAGAAGGUCUGCGCCGGGGUUUACAAGGGUGUUACCACUAGUCAGCUUGAUGAAUUGGCCGCUGAAACCGCCGCCGCCAUGACUGCUAACCAUCCUGAUUACGCAUCUUUGGCUGCUAGGAUUGCGGUUUCCAAUCUGCAUAAGAACACCAGGAAGUCGUUUUCAGAGACGGUUAAGAUCAUGUACAAUCAUUUCAAUAAUAGAUCUGGGCUGAAAGCUCCACUAAUUGCUGAUGAUGUAUAUGAGAUAAUCAUCAAGAAUGCGGCUCGUUUGGACAGUGAGAUUAUUUAUGAUAGGGACUUUGACUAUGAUUACUUUGGGUUCAAGACGCUUGAGAGGUCAUACCUGUUGAAGGUUCAAGGGCAGGUUGUGGAGAGGCCUCAGCACAUGUUGAUGAGGGUUGCUGUUGGAAUUCACAAGGAUGACAUUGAAUCUGCUGUUAAGACUUAUCACUUGAUGUCUCAACGGUGGUUCACUCAUGCAUCCCCGACACUUUUCAAUGCUGGAACACCUAGGCCUCAGUUGAGCAGUUGCUUCCUUAUAUGCAUGAAAGAUGAUAGUAUAGAGGGGAUUUAUGAUACUUUGAAGGAGUGUGCUGUCAUUAGCAAAUCGGCAGGAGGAAUUGGUGUUUCUGUUCACAACAUUCGUGCCAUGGGCAGUUACAUUCGCGGAACUAAUGGGACUUCCAAUGGUGUUGUUCCCAUGCUGCGCGUGUUCAAUGAUACUGCUCGUUAUGUUGAUCAAGGAGGAGGCAAGAGGAAAGGUGCAUUUGCGGUGUAUCUGGAGCCAUGGCAUGCUGAUAUUUUUGAAUUCUUGGAACUAAGAAAAAACCAUGGAAAGGAAGAGCACCGUGCUCGUGAUUUAUUUUAUGCUCUCUGGUUGUCUGAUCUCUUUAUGGAAAGAGUUCAGAGUAAUGGGCACUGGUCCUUGUUUUGCCCCAAUGAAGCACCGGGUUUGGCAGAUUGUUGGGGUGAAGAAUUUGAAAAGCUUUACACUAAGUAUGAAAGAGAAGGAAAAGCAAAGAAGGUUGUUGAGGCACAGAAUCUUUGGUUUGAAAUUUUGAAGUCCCAGAUAGAAACUGGAAAUCCUUAUAUGCUUUUUAAGGACACUUGCAACAGGAAAAGCAACCAGCAAAAUCUUGGCACAAUUAAGUCAUCAAACUUGUGCACUGAGAUAAUUGAGUACACAAGUCCAACAGAAACAGCCGUGUGCAAUCUUGCAUCAAUUGCUCUACCUCGAUAUGUAAGAGAUAAGGGUGUGCCCAUGGAGUCUCAUCCAACUAAGCUAGUUGGCAGUCUAGGCUCUAAAAAUAGAUAUUUUGACUUUGAUAAACUAGGAGAGGUUACUGCAACAGUGACGACAAACCUUAAUAAAAUAAUUGAUGUUAAUUACUACCCAGUUGAAAAUGCAAAAAGGUCUAACUUACGACACAGACCAAUUGGUAUAGGAGUUCAGGGUCUUGCUGAUACUUUCAUACUACUUGGCAUGGCAUUUGAUUCACCAGAGGCUCAGCAGUUAAACAAGGAUAUAUUUGAGACUAUAUACUAUCAUGCUCUGAAAACUUCUUGUGAGUUGGCUGCAAAAGAAGGUCCUUAUGAAACAUACAGUGGUAGUCCUGUAAGCAAGGGAAUUCUUCAGCCAGACAUGUGGGGUGUGACACCCUCUGAUCGUUGGGAUUGGGGUGCACUUCGGAAGAUGAUAUCAGAGACCGGUGUGAGAAAUUCACUUCUUGUUGCCCCUAUGCCAACUGCAUCUACUAGCCAGAUACUUGGCAAUAAUGAGUGUUUUGAGCCAUAUACUUCCAAUAUCUACAAUCGCAGAGUUUUAAGUGGCGAAUUUGUUGUAGUGAACAAGCAUCUUCUUCACGACUUGACUGACAUGGGAUUGUGGUCUCCUGCAAUCAAGAAUAAUAUUAUCUAUGAGGAUGGUUCUGUUCAGAAUAUCACAGAAAUACCUAAUGAUCUGAAAGUCAUAUACAAAACCGUUUGGGAGAUCAAGCAAAAGACAUUGGUUGAUAUGGCUGUUGAUCGAGGAUGCUUCAUAGAUCAGAGUCAAAGCUUAAAUAUUCACAUGGAACAACCCAACUUUGGAAAGCUCACUUCCUUGCAUUUUUAUGCAUGGUCAAAGGGUCUGAAAACCGGGAUGUAUUAUCUCCGAACACGAGCUGCAGCCGACGCCAUCAAGUUUACUGUUGAUACCGCUGCAAUUAAAGACAAGCCUAAGGUGGAGGAGGAUGAUAAUACCAAGAUGGCACAGAUGGUAUGCUCUUUGACAAACCGAGAUGAGUGCUUGGCUUGUGGAAGUUGAAACUAACUCAUUAGCGUGUUUGGAUUCUAAUUAGUAAGGCUUAAAAGCAUUUUUAAUGGAAAUCCAUGUCGAUGGUGGAUUGAAAUAAGUGUUUUUUAAUGAAUAUAGUGGAAAUCCAAACACACAUAGAAUUGCUCCUCAUUGGGUUAUUUUCAGAGAUAAAUCGCUGUGCUAGCCUUGACUAUGUAUUCUUAAGCGCUUUGUAUAGUAUUUAUCUAGCUCUUAAAUUCAUUUGUAGUUUUGUACGCUUCAUUGAAUUUUCUUGUAUUUGUAUGUUAGAGGUAUUUGUUUAAAGUAUAUGAUAAUGUUUGAAAUAUUAAGAAUGUUAUUUUUAUGUA